GAGGCUUAAGAAAUUAAGAUGGACCCUGAUGCUGUGUUCACGACGGAGAGUGACUCCACAUUUGCCCACCAGGAGUCACUGCCAUCUCUCCCCAUACCCCCUCUCGAUCAGACAUUGAGCAAAUACUUGGACUCAAUUCGGCCUCACGUGACCAAUGAAGAAUACUUGAAGACAGAGAGGCUUGUGCGUCGGUUCGAGGAGGGGGCGGGGAGAGACUUACACCGGAAGCUUAUGUCAAGGGCCACCCACCAGCGCAAUUGGUUAGAGAAAUGGUGGGAUGAGAAAGCGUAUUUAGAACUGAGAAUUCCCACUGGCAUCAUGGUGAACUUAGGUGGGCCUACGAUAGUUCCUCAAUUCUGGGCCGCAAAGGAGGGAACUCAGUGCGAGCGAGCCGCUAUGUGGAUAUACUACGCCAUGAAGUACUGGGGACAUCUGAGGAAGGAACGACUGCGUCCUGACAGAACUAAUAAAGGUGCAGUUAUGAGCAUGAACCAGUACCGGAGAGCGUUUAACACCUGCAAGAUACCAGGCCUUAAGAAAGACCAGCUGCUGUGUCAUUUUAAAACAGAGCGCGAAGGCGACUGUCCAACCCACGUGGCUGUAAUGUGUCGAGGUAGAAUAUUCACCUUUGACACAUUCCACGCGGAGACGGACACGCAGUUGACGCCACCAGAACUCGAGGCGCAGCUCAGCCACAUCCGGUCCGUCUGUGACAGUUCCGCCGAGGGCCCAGGUGUUGGCAGUUUGACGGGAGAUGAACGUACCCCGUGGGCUAAGAUAAGAGCCCGGAUGAUCUCGUCUCAUCCCGAGAACUGGGCGUGUCUUCAGGCCAUAGAGACGGCUGUGGUUGCCGUGGUGCUCGAUGAUGACAGUCCACGUGAUGAAUCAGAGUUAUUACUGCGGACACUGGCCGGGAACUCUGUCAACCGCUGGCUGGACAAGUCCUACAGUUUUAUCGUCCAUAAAAAUGGGCUCUCGUCCGCCAACUGUGAUCACGCGCCUUUUGAAGGAGUCAUACUGGUAUCCCUUCUGAAUUACGUGGGAAUGUGCCUACAGCGAUGUGGGGGACAGUGGCAGGGUACAAGGUCACUCCGUCAACUGCCUAACCCUCGGGAACUCGUCUUUCACUUAGAGGAGGCAGUGUUACUGUCCAUAAAGAGGGCGAGAGCUGUCUAUGACGCUGUGGCCAAAAACUUGGAAGUGAGAGUCAGUGAAUUUCGGGAUUACGGGAAGACUUUCCUUCGGCAGCACAAGCUUCAUCCGGAUACUCACGUUCAGCUAGCUUUACAAUACGCUUACUAUAAAACUUACGCCAGACCUGCCCCUACUUACGAGACAGCCACAACUCGUCAGUUUUACAAUGGUCGCACAGAGACGGUUCGCUCUUGCACCAUGGAGGCUAUGGCGUGGAGUAAGGUUAUGCUGGACUCCGGAAAACCGACGUCGGAACGCUUAAGGCUGUAUCUGCUGGCUGCGGACAAACAGAAUAAACUGAUGGAGGAGGCACAGAGUAACCAUGGGUGUGAUCGCCAUCUAUUUGGUCUGUAUUGUUUGGCCGAGGAGGAAGGCAUGCCGAUUCCAGAAAUAUUCACAGAUCCGUCUUAUAGCAAAAGUGGCGGUGGCGGCAACUUUAUACUGUCCACGAGUUUCCUUGGUUACUCACCUGUAUAUGGCGGGGUGGUGCCCAUGUGUGAGAAUGGCUACUGUGUCGCUUAUUGCAUUCAAAACAAACUACUGACUACGGUGGUAACCUCUUGGGUGAGUGACAAAGACACUGACUGUAACCAGUUCACAGACACCAUCCAUGCCUGCCUGCGACAGAUGGGAAGCUUAGUGCAGCAUCGAGAGGCGACAGCCAGGUUGUAGGGACAACAGUGGGACAGGUUGAAGAAAGGGUGGACGUGGGACCAGGCAGUAGGACCAGUGGAACCAGGCUGUAGGGAAACAGGGUGACGUGGCUGUAGUGAGGUGGGACGUGGGACCGGGCUGUAGGUAAAUGGUGGGACCAGGCGGUAGAGAGAUGGGUCGUAGGACUGGGCUGUAGGAAAAUGGUGGGACAAGGCUGUAGGGAAACGGUGGAACCAGGCUAUUGGGAAACAAUGGAACCAGGCUGUUGAGAAACGGUGAAACCAGGCUAUUGAGAAAUAGUGGUACAAGGCUAUUGGGAAACGGUGGAACCAGGCUGUUGAGAAACAGUGGAACCUGGCUGUUGAGAAAUGGUGGGACCAGGCUAUUGAGAAAGGGUGGGACAAGUUUGUUGGUGUACAUGGAAGGCUCAGGGAGGCUCAGUCCCAAUUGUGGGGGUAGAAAGGCCAGGAUGUAGAGAGUUGAAAGGAUUGGCUCUAUGUGGAGAUGGGACGUGGGACCAGGCUUUAGGGAGACGUUGGGACCAUGCUGUAGAGAGCUUUACUCAAGUUGUCGCCAAGUAGCUGCGUUAAAUUCGUUUAUUAUGUGGUCUUUUCACUAGAUGUUUCUAUGUAUGUUACACUAGAUACCAGGUUUCACAGGCUCGCUCGGGUGAAACCUUGUGGUACCGAAUCCACCUGUAAGGAAGAGGGAAGACGUUGUAGUCCCAAGAUCUUUUACCAUCAUUUGAAAAUGUUAUAUAUAAAAUUCUAAAUGUUUGAUUUGUUAAUUUAUUUCGUUGGUGUUUACGCCUUACUCAGAAAUAUCUCACUUGUAGGACUGCAGCCAACAUUAUGGUGAGAGGAAACCGAGCAAAGCUCGGAGGAAACCCACGACCAUCCGCAGGUUACUGCCAGACCUCUAAAUUCUUGGUGCGUUCUUUCAGAAUUUUCAAGUUCUGUCUGAAGCUCAUAUUGUUGUUAUUUGGGUUUGGGAGGAUAUUCCUUUUCACUUCCUUUUUUGCCUUCUUGGAUUCUUCCUUCUUUAGGUCUCUGUAACGCCAACUAACUACGAGAUAAUUUAUCGCUUAUAAGUGUCUCUCUUCUAAU